CACACACACACACACACACACACACUCAGCUGGUUGAUGACAGACUGAAAACGCACAGCAUCACCACACAGAGCAGCAGCACUGAAGACACACAGACGGAGUGUGACGACACACAGCGGUGACCCACACACUCCUUCUCUCCGCUCCUCCCCUGUUCCUCACCUGCAGUAGGAGUGUGUGUGUGUGUGUGUGUGUGUGGUCAUGUCUGUCCCGGUGGAGCUGAGCGUCCUGCAGCGCUGCGGGGGGGCGGCGGAGCGGGCCGAGGCCCUGGGCACGCUGCACCAGCAGCUCCUCUGUCCCAUCUGCCUGGACGUCUUCACCAAACCCGUGGUCAUCCUGCCCUGCCAGCACAACCUGUGCCGCCGCUGUGCCAACGAGCUCUACCAGCCCUCCCUGUUCCAGGCUCGGACCACCAUGUUGGUGAACAGCGGCCGUUUCCGCUGCCCGUCCUGCAGACAGGAAGUGGUGCUGGACCGCCACGGCGUGUACGGCCUGCAGCGCAACCUGCUGGUGGAGAACAUCAUCGACGUGUACAAACAGGAAGUCAGCAGCAGCAGCAGCAGCAGCAGCAGCGCCCCCAGCCCCCUCCCUCCUGUCAAGCCCCUGGGCCAGCCGCCGUGUUCGGACCAUGAGGAUGAGAAGCUGAACAUCUACUGUCUGAGCUGCCAGGUUCCCACCUGCUCGCUCUGCAAGGUGUUUGGGGCCCACAGGUCCUGCCAGGUGGCCCCGCUGACAGACGUCUACCAGCAGCAGAAGGAUGAGCUGAACGAGGGCGUCGCCUCCCUGGUGGCGGUCAACAACAAGGUGCAGGUGUUCAUCGAUGAGCUGGAGGAGACCUGCAGAAACAUAGAGGAGAACUGUAAGGCUCAGAAGCAGAGUCUUCUUGAGAAGUUUGACUCCAUGUUCGCCCUCCUGGAGGAGAGACGCAAGGCCAUGAGCCAGCGAAUCAGCUCAGAGCAGGAGGAGAAGACAGGCCACGCCCAGACGCUGGUCCGUUGCUAUGGUGACAACGUGGAGGCCAACACCAAACUGGUAGAGAGCGCAGUGAGGAGCAUGGACGAGCAAGACAUGGCUGCGUUUGUUCAGAUUUCAAAAGAUCUGAUUAAAAAAGUUAUAGCGGCGACCACUUCCUGUCCUGCAGAGUCGUUGAAGCCGGGCUAUGAGAACAUGAGCCACUACAAGUUCAACUUCAAGAGGCAGGCGAGAGCCCUGCACAGCAUAGACUUCAUCAAAGUUGAGGAAGAAGUUCCUGAGGAGCCAGAGCCAGAAGAACCCAAACACCUUCAGGAACUCACCACAGAACAGAACUUAGAACCAAAACAUGCUCCUGAAUCAACCGUCCAGACCUUGGAACCUGCUCUGGAACCGGCAUCAGAACCAGUUCAAGAACCAUUUGCGGCCUCAGCACCACUGGCCGUGGCAGCCUCAGUCUCUCCGGUUACGCGUCUGGCUGUGGACUCUGUGGACUCUGUGGAAGCUACAGCGGCAGAUCUCCGGCCGAAGACGGGCUCGGUAAUGAAUGACCAAGGAGCUGGACCGGCGAAGGAGAAGGAGGAGGUGGAGGAGGUUCAAGGAGAGGCGGAGGAGGCAUGUGCCACCUCUGACCCCGUUAAAGAGGGAAGCCUCUGUGAACACCAGGAUGGAAUGAGCACACAACAGAUGCAGACUGGGACUGGGAGUCCUGUUCAGGCCGGCGCCCCCCUCUCUUCCUCCUCCUCUUCCUCCUCUUCCUCCCCCUCCUCCCCCCUGGGUGAGGCUCCUCGUCGGCCCAGUCUCUCCUUCUCCUGGCUCAACCCUCUCUACAAGAGGAAGUAGAGGAGCGUUGUGGGAAAUGAAGUUUCCCCACCGAGAGACAACAGGAGAAAACACAGCAGCCCAAAAGUCUGCUGUGAAAGGAGGGACUCAGCGUCUUUUAUUUUGAAAUGUCAAGGGUGUAGCACUAAGGUCUUUAUGAGGUUCAAGUUUAAAAUUUUAUAUCUAAAGGUAUUUAAGAAAUAGUCACUGAUGAUUUUGCACGUCUCACAUGUGAUUCACAGUCGUCUGGUUUCAUUGCAACAUGUGUUUGAUUAUUGAUUACUUGAUCAGAUGUUUGGAUGAUUGGUUAUAGGUCUUCUUCUUCUUCUUUUUUUUUUUUUUUUUUUUUACCACAGGGGUUGAGGUGCAUGUCUGGUUUUGCCUCGUGUGUUUCUGAGGAUAUUUCAGCCCAGUGUUUGGUGUUUUGUCA